UUUUUCUCGAGCGGUGCCACACGGCCACAUUGCCACAAGCCCACAACCAGACGGGGAGAGAGCGAAAAACGGGGCGACCGAGCUAGCUCGCCGUCGUUUCCGGCUCCCCUCCCUCCUCCCAUACCGUUGCCCUACCCCCACUACCGCGCCCCGCGGCCCCGCCGGGUCCUCCUCCCUCCGCUCGCUCGGAACCAGAGGCCUCGCGACGUCUCGCGCCAUGCGGGCUCGCGAUCUGCUAGGGUUUCCUCCGGCGGGCGCGGCCAUGUCGUCGGCGGCGGCGCUCCUCCUCCUCCCCCUCCUCACCGUUGCUGGCCAGGGGCCGGUCUGCCAGAGGCCGCCCGUCGCCGCCGUCAUCCUGCAGCAGGCGUCCACCUGUCGAGCGGUGGACGCCCCAGGGCUCCGGGGUCACCGCGCCGGCUUCGUGGAGGGGGAUGAUGGGGCCCUGCAAAAGGCAGUAGCACUUGUGCUGCAGAACAGGGAGGAUUUUGUCGCUAUUCUUUUUUAUGCUUCGUGGUGCCCUUUUUCUAAAAUUUUCAGGACAGAUUUUCAAAAACUGUCAUCCUUUUUCCCAACAAUUGCUCAUUUUUCUUUUGAAGAAUCUAAUAUCAAACCAAGAGUAUUGUCAAGGUAUGGAGUUCGUGCAUUCCCGACGAUUUUCCUUCUGAACUCUACAGUGCGUGUGCGUUAUCAUGGAUCUCGGGCCAUGAAUUCCGUUGCUAUGUUCUAUAAAGAUGUUACAGGCCUGAAUCCUGUGUCAUUGGACGCUACAUGCCUGGAGAGAAUGGAGGAUUCAGUUACUAUAGUUGAUCAUGGCAAAAAGGCUGAAAAGGAUGAUUCUCUGUUAUCGUGGGCAAGGUCACCAGACCGAUUACUUCAUCAAGAUACAUGUCUUGCAUUGGCUAGCUCCUUUGUCCUCUUGAGGUUGCUUCAUUUCCUUCUUCCUAAGCUUAAUGCAUGUAUGAAGCAAGCCUGGAGGAUGCGACUGUAUGAAUUGAAUAGGUUGUUUCCUAGCUUGUCUUGAGGAAGGCAAUAUGGAACUAGAAAACUUGAACUGACUCUCGAAUAAGGCAGCAUACUUAUAAGAAGUGAUGCAGACAACAAACCGGAUCACUAGGAAGCCAGUGUCAAGUUAAUCCACAUUGGUGAUUCAGUUUGAGUAGUGAAAAUAUACCGCUACCAACUCUCAAUAUCCUGAAGUUCAGGAGGUCUCAUCAAUGGAUGCACUGUAUUACAUCCAUGUCGAACUCAUUCUGUGUCAACUAUGUUUGGUCUUUCCUUGGGAGAUAUCUUGAUGCAAGCAUAAGUGACAUUCAUGGAAAUGCUGACUUAAUAGUAAGUCAUCUGUACCACUGUACCAUUAGCCAUCUCAGUCUGAGUUCAGAU